CGCUGAGCUAGUGCUUCCUGGGCUUGGCCCUAGCUCCGGAUACUGCGGAGGAGGCAGAAGAGCAAAGCCUGCACCAUAUAUACCUUUGCAUCUCUUAUCUGGGCCUUUGGCUUUUCAAUGUCAGGUUCCCGGGUUGUGUCUCUGCCCUCCCCCUUUCAACCCUUAGACGCCAAAGGCUUUUUCUCCCACUGGGUUCUUAUCUCUAUUGCCGGGCAUUCGUAUCCUUUGUUUGUUCGCAGGCGUUAUGCCCUCUAUCGAAAUGUCCGAGAACGUCCGACCAUCACCCUCCACCAAGGCCCAGGAUGAGACUCACAUCGAGAAGAACAGCAGCGAAUAUUUUGAGAAGGUAGAAGAGGGCCCCUCUUCGUAUGCCGAGAUUGCUGCUGCCUCUCUUUCACCCUCUCAUCGAGAGUACCUCCUUCAACGCCAUGGAACAUUGGAGCUGGAUCCCAUACCAAGUCAGUCGGGCGCAGACCCGUACAACUGGCCCACUUGGAAGAAAUUGACCAACCUUAUCCUCGUCGCCUUCCACGCCUGUAUGGGAACAUUCACAGCCUCAAUCAUUCCUGCCUAUGAAAGCAUUGCAGAGGACCUUGGGGUAUCUAUGCAGAGGGCAAGCUACCUAACUUCACUUCAAAUUGCAAUUUUAGGAGGUGCACCUCUGUUCUGGAAGCCUUUGGCCAACCGGUAUGGACGUCGACCCAUAUUCCUUCUAUCAACCAUCCUCAGCUUAGUAUGCAAUGUGGGCUGCGCGAAGAGUACGACCUACGCUUCCUUGGCUGCAUGUCGAGCCCUAACGGCUUUUUUCAUCUCACCGGCAGCGGCCAUUGGCAGUGCAGUGGUUACAGAAACCUUCUUCAAGAAGGAGAGGGGUCGUUAUCUGGGUGUCUGGACAUUAAUGGUCACCUUGGGUGUUCCAGUUGGCCCCCUGAUCUAUGGUUUUAUUACGUACCGGGUAGGAUAUCGUUGGAUUUUCUGGGUCCUGGCUAUCACCAAUGGUGUCCAGUUUAUCCUGUAUCUGUUUCUGGGACCCGAAACCCGCUACAUCGGUGGCAGUACGGAGGGCAUGUCCGAUUUCAAGGCUCAGUACCUCUCUUUCCGCCGUAUUGAUCCAACGCCACUCACAAUCUCCGAAUUUUUCCACCCUUUGACCAUGGCCGCGCGCCCCAGUGUGAUGAUUCCGGCAUGUGCUUAUGCCAUGGUUUUCUUAUUCGGCAGCGUGAUGAUCACAGUAGAGGUGCCCCAACUUUUGCAAGCAAAGUUCGGUCUCAAUGCCGAACAGCUCGGUCUCCAGUUCAUCGGAGUGAUCAUCGGUACUAUUCUGGGCGAGCAGAUUGGAGGAUCCAUGUCCGACUACUGGAUGACUCGACGUGCACGCAAAACACAACACAAACCGGAUCCCGAGUUUCGCCUUUGGCUAAGUUAUCCUGGUGUGAUUCUUACUAUUGUUGGUGUCAUUGUCUUCCUGGUCUGCACCCAACAGGCCUCUGUCGACCACUGGGUUGUGUCACCAAUUGUGGGCACCGCCAUUGGUGCCUUUGGUAACCAGCUUGUGACGACUGUUAUGGUAACGUAUGCGGUGGAUUGUUACCCUGAGGACUCCGGCAGUGUUGGUGUUUUCAUCACCUUUGCUCGUCAGAUGUGGGGUUUCAUUGGUCCUUUCUGGUUCCCUGACAUGUUUGAUAAUGUUGGUGUUGCGACUAGCUCGGGCGUUGCGAGUGCGAUGAUGUUUGCUGUCAGCUUCUUGCCCAUCAUUGCUGUUCAUAUGUUUGGGAGGAAAUGGCGUAAUCACACUUAGAAUAACGUGUAUUUAUGAC